UUCUCUCAUUUUCUUCAAUGUCUUGCUUGGCUGAGUAACCAACAACGCCGAUAUAAUGUGUGUGUCAUGUUCAUGAAGGUUUUGACAAGAGAAAGUUAUUACAGCACAUUUUGACACAUAUUUGAUGCGAAAAUGAAAUUGAACUUUGAAAGGAACAAACCUCCUUUGGUAACUAUGGGCCUCAAGUGGAAAAAACAUGUUGUGAUUGUUUUUGGAAUACUCAUUGUUGUGAGCAUUAUAUAUUUCUUUGGAAGUAUUAGUAGUGGUGGUUUAAGACGAAAUGUUUCUGAUGGCAGUAGACUACUACAGAAGUCUCGUCACAAACAAGGAUACUCUGUCUGGCAGACAUUUGACCCAAAGCCAGGAAUGGACAGAGAAUAUUUCAGCAAGCGCUGUGUCAAGCAGACUGACUUCAGCAUCACAGGUCUGGUAACCCUUCGAAAGGAGUGGGCAGACACUAGAGAUCUCCUGUGCAGAGAACUGUUCCAAAAAUUCAGUGCUGUGUUUGCACUGGAGGGAGAACAUGCUUCAUUGAAGAUUCCAAAACCGUUCCAGCGUAAAGUGAGAAAGUGGCUGGGAAACGAUGAAGCACUUUUCCAGCAAGUGUACAACCAGGAUGUGAUUCAUGUCGUCAAUCACUACACUCAUGAGCACACUAUCUUCAACCCUAUCCGUGACAAGAGGCCCGUAAUUCCUCCUGAAAUCUCGGAGAAGAAAUAUGUGGAUGACAUUUUGGCUGAAACAUCUGGAUCCUGUGACUUUUGUAACUUUAAAGAGUUCACUGCUGAGCACACAUUCGGCCGUGUCGAAUCGAGGUACGCGUUCUCCGCCUCUAAUAUCUUCAAGAUGAAUCCACUCCAUGCUCUGGUGGCAUUGAAACAACAUAAUCCACUGGACUGGAACAUGGAGAAAUUCUUGGAUGUGAUGGGGCUCACUUUGACAUGGCUGACCAAGGCCAACAAGCACUACCCUAACGCGCUCUAUCCCGCCCUCAUCUGGGACGUCCUGCCCAAAUGUGGAGCCAGCCAGGUCCACCCUCACAUGCAAGUGAUGCUUGACUCCCACAGAUACCACGGUGAAGUGGAGGUGUGGCGAGACGGAGCCCAGGACUACAACGAUGAAUUCAACAGCAACUAUUUCUCCGACCUGGUCACCAUGUACUCUGUGCUUAACCUGACUGCCACUUACGGUGACGCUGUGGCCUUUGCUAGCCUGGUUCCGAGGAAGGAUCACGAAGUGGUGAUAAUGGCAGAGAAGCCAUCUGAAGACUUUUACAAGUUACUGUACUUUGUGCUUAGAGCUUUCAUCGAUGACCUGGGGAAAAUGUGCUACUCUAUGGGCAUGGGAUUACCACCUUUUGAUACCUCUAAGGGCAGAUUACCAGCAUAUGCUCGUGUCAUUACUCGAGGAGCAGUCACAGAGAUAAGGACAGACAUAAGCAGCUUUGAGCUUUUUUUGGCAUCAAAUGUGAACAUUGACCCCUACAAAACCAUCCAGUUUGUAAGGAACUCAAUAGAUAAAAGGAAGUAAAGAUUUAUAAGUUGUUCUUGGCUACUGUUGUCCAGAAUUGAAUGUAGAAAAGAAAAAUGUUAGUAUCCAGUGGCCAAAGAGACGGAUAGAUUGACAUCAACUCUGCACUAGAAGUUGUUGUGCAUACAUUUGUUUGGCUUCACUCGAAAUAUAAGUUGAAAAAAAAA